UCUGCGCGUGGUCUAUGUUGACAAACAUUUCUGUGGCUCCCAGUUGCGUUUUUACCCGAUCGAAGUUAUUGCGCCGAAACAUAUACAAAUAUUCGAAACAAAAUAAAUAUAUGACAAAUAUUUAUUAAAUCUUAGACAGUUCGUACACACUGUUAGUGAUAAAUAAGUGCAACGAAAAUGUUCUGCAAAAUGCCUUGCAAAGUGCGGCCAAGCCUUGAAUUGGCUGAGGCUUGUUAUUAACCCGAAAGAUACAAAACAUAAGCCCAAACUGUAAACAAGUUAAAGUGAGUGAGUGAGUGUGUCGCAAUCUUACAACAAAUUCCAACAAUCGAGCAACCUACAAGAUGCAGUUUUGGAUAACUCUGACAUUUGCCGUGCUCUUGGCUGGCACCAUCUGCCACGGAAUGGCCGCAGUUACGGCACCAACUCCGGCCGUCCAGGUGGCCUCUCCGCCGGUGCAAAAGUUUCGCCUGACGCCACACGAUCUGCAAAUACUCGAGGGCACCGACACUCUCCUGCGAUGCGAGGUGUCCGCCCGGGCAGGAAAGGUCCAGUGGACCAAGGACGGCUUUGCGCUGGGCUUCUCGGCGGUGAUACCGGGAUUUCCGCGGUAUUCCGUGCUGGUAGAUGCCAAACAGAAUGCCUACAACCUGCAGAUCAAGAACGCCACUUUAGAGGACGAUGCCGAAUACCAGUGUCAAGUAGGUCCUGCCGCCGGAAAUCCCGCCAUUCGGGCUAAUGCCAAGCUGAGCAUCGUGGCGGCACCCAGUAGCAUCGUCAUCGAGGGAUAUGCCCGGAAUGCCCGAGUGGAGGUCGAGGAGCGCCAGAACCUCACGCUGCACUGCAUCGCCGAGAACGCCAAUCCUGCGGCGGAGAUUGUCUGGUUCCAGGGCGAAGUGCCAGUCAACACGGUCCCCAUUGUGUCGGUGAACCAAACUGCCCCGAAGCGUUUUACGACCAGCUCCACGUUGCACCUGCAGCCCCGCUCGGAUGACGAUUACAAGGAGUUCUCCUGCGAGGCGCGGCACAAGGCCCUGCCCCCCGACGUGCCGAUGCGCGCCCAGGUGCAGCUCUCCGUGCUCUACCCACCCGGUGCGCCGUUCUUUGAGGGUUAUGGCCAGGGCGAGAGCCUGCAUCGCGGCCAGGAAGUGCAAAUUGCCUGCCGCAGCCGCGGCGGGAAUCCCCCGGCCCAAUUGACUUGGUACCGGAAUGGCGUGGCCAUCAGUUCGCCCCAGCGCACCUCGGGCCGUCUGUCGGAAAACGUUUACAAGUUCACCGCCGCCGCCGAGGACAAUGGGGCUAAUUUGGUGUGCGAGGCCAAGAAUCUGCUGGCGACAACUCCCCUGCGCGCCGAACUCAAUCUGACUGUCCUGUAUGCCCCCAAGGAUGUUUAUCUGAGUGGAGCCAACCAGGCCAAGGUCGGCGAUUCCGUGCAACUGAGCUGCGUGACUGCCCCUUCGAAUCCCCAGGCCCGCAUCAGUUGGUCAAUCAAUGGACGGCCAAUGGAGAACAGUACCUUCAAGACGACGAGUAGUUCCGAUGGUGGCUGGGUUAGCAGUUCCAAUGUCAGUCUGAACAUCGACUCGCAGAGCAGGACCUUCAUCGCAGUAUGCCAUGCCCUCAACACGGAACUCACACAGAAUGUGGUGGGAUCUCAUACCGUGAAUGUUUUGUAUCCCCCUUCGCCACCCUUGUUGACAGGCUAUAAUGAUGGUGACAUCCUUAUCUCUGGAUCCAUACUGAAACUGCAAUGCAGCUCGGCUGGUGGCAAUCCCCCACCCACUUUGCAGUGGUACAAAAACGACAAGAUACUGAAUGCUCCCUCCAAAUUGGUGGAUAGUAAAAUCACCUCAGAACUGUCUCUCUUGGUCAAUGCCUCCGAUAAUAAUGCCAUCUACAAGUGUAAGGUUCAGAAUGCAGCCAUCGACAUACCACUGUUUUCUACUAAGACUUUGGGAGUUCAUUUUCCUCCCGAAACGGUCAAGAUCAGUGUAGUGCCCAAGAAUCUAGUCCCGGGAAUUCGAGCCAAGUUGGUCUGCGACUCCAGCUCUAGUAAUCCCCCGGCCAAAAUCAGUUGGUGGAAGGAUGGCAUUCCCGUCGAGGGUCUUAAUUUGGCCAAUAGACCUGGUCUCUGGGGCGGUUCGGUGUCCACCCUCGAGAUGUAUGUCAAUAUAACCCAGGAUCUGGAUGGCAUUGUCUAUACCUGCCAGAGUCACAACGAAGUUCUGCAGCGCAGUGUGCACGAAACCAUCAGUUUGGAUAUACUAUAUCCCCCCAAAUUCGAGACCUCGCAGAGCACCACUUUCGUGGGCGUUGAGGGGGCGCCGUUCCAUGUGGAGCUGAUGGCCAGCGGAAACCCCAUGGUAAUUAGCUAUACCUGGACCAAGGACGGCCUUCCCAUUAGCAGCAACAGUCUGAGCGGGCAGCGUUUGAUCUCCGACGGACCGCGUCUCAAUAUCAGCCGUCUCAGUCGCAACGAUGCGGGUGUCUACAUUUGCGAGGCGCUCAAUAGCCAGGGCACCGCGCUGCUGGAGAUCCAAAUUGCCGUGGAAUACGCCCCCACAAUCACCGCCGUGAGUGAGGGUCGCAGUUUUGUGGCCGGCGAACCGGCGGUCUUGGCCUGCCACAUUCAGGCCCGUCCGCUAGAGGCCGCUCAUGUGCGCUGGUCCCGCGACGGCUACGACCUAGCCUCACGCACCAUUUCCAGCUUCGAGAAUGGCACCGCCCUGCUGCAGAUUGCCAAGGUGGAGCGCAGCGAUAUCGGCAACUUCACCUGCAUCGUGGACAACCAAAGAGGAGCUCCGGCUGCCCAAAAUGUUCUUCUAGUCGUGCAAACUUCCCCGGAAAUUGACCAUUCCCCUGGCUUUACCCGCUAUGCCGCUCGUUUGGGAGUUCGAGCUCAGUUGAUUUGCAGAUCCUUGGCUUCUCCUCAGCCCAGUUUUAUUUGGCGUCGUCAUGGCAAGGAUAUAAAGAUGCAGCGUCGCAACAAGUUCAAGAGUGUGGAGCGACAGGUUGAUACCCUGAACUAUGAAUCUGCUCUCCUUAUUGAAAAUACCUCGGGAGAUGACUACGGGCAGUAUGAGUGUGUGGUGCGAAAUGCCCUGGGACAGGCUAGCACUACCCUGGAAUUCAGUAAGCCCUCUCGUCCAGAUGCUCCUCUGCAGUUGAGAGUGGGAAAUGUCAGCGAUACGGGAGUGGAACUUAGUUGGACACCCGGAUUCGAUGGUGGCAUGCAGACCUACUUCCGACUGAGACUCAAACAGCAUGGCGAGGAUAAGUACAAGUAUGUGGAUGCGAAACCAGGACACCAGAACAUAUCCCUCGAAGGUCUGAAACCUGGGGCCACCUACUACUUCUCGGUGAUGGCGGCCAAUGAAGCGGGUGGCAGUAAAUUCAUGCCUGAUAUCAAGUUGACUCUGAGUAAGGGUUCCCAGCCACACUCAGCGGAAUACACUGAAAAAGACGAGCUGCCAAAUGUGAUGAUCAUUGGAAUCACCUCGGCUGCCAUGGUUUUGUUGGUGCUGAAUGCUGCUCUGGUGGCCUGGUUUGUGAUUCGUCGGCAGAAUAAGUCGCAGAGCGAGGCGGAGCCCAGCAACGAUGAUGUGUACUCCAAGGAUGACAGCCAGUCUGUCUAUAAGCUGCCCAUCACUGCAUUGCAGGCGGAUGUGCAGAAGAAGGCAGCCGCAUCCACAUAUCUGGUGGAGAACGUGGACAUCAUCCAGUCGACGGCGUAUCCGCCGAAAUACCAGGAGAGCUCCAUGUGCACCCCGCCGUACCCGCUCUGCAAUCCGGACUUCACCCGGACCCUGCCGAAUCCCAAGCGGCACAGUCAGCGGAACAGUGCCACGGGCAUGAUCGAGGGCAUGCAGAUGCGCUCCAAGGACGAUCACAUGCUGAUCUCCAACGGCCUGUACAUACCAUCGCCAUCGCCCGCCUCCUCGCUGGUGAUCAAGGGUAGCUACAUAUCCUCGCCAUCGCCAGCGCCGCCAGCAGAUGGGUCGUACUUCAAUAUGAGCGACAAAUACAUGUCCUAUCCGCCGGUGACUUACUAAGCCGUGCUGAGCGUCAAUGACAGCCACAGACAACCCAACCCAGUUGAACCCAGCUAGACUGAUUGACAUACAUCAUUCAUAAUCACCAUCGGAAAACACGAAAAACGAUAAAGAAACACACACUGGAACUGGACUUCAAUCGUGUGCUUUUCGGUUGCGAGAUUGGUUGUUGGCCGUUGCUGUUGGUUUUAUUGAAUUCUUAUUUUUAUUUUAUGUUUGUAAUUAUUACUAUUCGACGUUGAUUAUUACGGAGCGCAAAUGGAGAAACCAUGUUGAGUGUGUUUUGAGAAAAGACAUUUGCAUGCGGCGCUCGAAGGCUGUGAUAAGUACCUGUGCCCAAAGCUCCGGAGACGUUGGCACCACCGCAACUCGCCACUCGGAGAUGGCAACACGCAGGCCAAUAACGUUUGUUUGCCACAAGGCCAAAAGCAAACAUCCCCAUCCCAUUUCGGGGGGUUAGGGAUUCGGGAUAUUGGUCUGGCCACGGGGCAGGUGCGCAACCCGUUCUACGAAUAUGCCUCUGCCCUCCACCCACUUUUAGUCCACCACAACCCGCAACAUCGGCAGAAGCAGCAGCAUUAGUAGACACCACAAAAACAAAAAACAAAUGAAACAGAUGAAACAAACGAAAUGUGGAAGAGAACAACAGAACAUUCUCAAAAUAUUAAUUCGUAGUAAGGUCUUUCGAUAUUAAGUAGUAGGAAUUACGCAUUUUAGCAUUUAGCAUAAAUAUAUUACGAGUCUGGCGAGUCGUGACUCAUUCUCAUUAGCAGUUGUUCAAGUUUAAGCUAUAGAACAUACCAAUAUUUAUCAAUAUACGUACUAUAAACAUAAACAUAAAUGAAUAUACAUACACACAAAAGGCCCGAAAAGCGUAAGUGUUCGUUCGACUUUCAACGAACACCGAUUCGAAAUCACCAAAACCGAAAACGAAAUAGCGACUUCAAUUAUAUAAAUACUUUUAAGUGUGACUUUUCCUAGACCUAAGACUUGAGAAAAAAUAAAGUAUAUUCAAAAUAAACAUUUACAGCAUUCAGCGACUUUCUUUUUAUCAUGCAUGACAAUAAUUAUAUACAUGGUAAAGAAGUUGAUGCAUGCACGCGAGAGCGCCAAAAAUUAUGCUAGAGAACUCUAUAAAUACAGAUUCAAUAAAAAUGUUAAUUAUAAAUUAGACUUCAGCCGCAUUUGCAUUUAAAUUAAAGAAGGCACGAAAAGGGAGCUAAGUAUGUGUAUAAAAUAAAAUUUCAUUAAAAAAAGUAAUUAUUUAAAUGUAAUAUUUAAUAUAUUAAAUGAAAA